AUACCUAUAAUUUAAAAUGUUAUUGCGCAAUACAAAAAUGCCUAAUCUAAAAUUGUUACGUUUUAACUUGCAGUUCAGCGUGUAACGUUAGCUCAAGUACGUCCUCACGAAAGACCACAAAAUAAUAAAACACAAAAUUCAGUUUAUAUUAUAAUUUUGUGUAUAUCUACUAUAAAUAAUGAAGAUCAAUUAUAAUCAUCUACCUGUGAAAGUGCAUUAUUUUUUCUUUAUGGCGACUAUGGGUGCUAUUACACUACAUGUACCAGUUUACGGCAGGCAACUUGGUAUUUCGCCAUUAAUUAUGGGUAGCAUCAUCGCGCUUUUGCCUAUUGCAAAUUUGAUCGGUAAAUUAAUAGUCGGCUACGCCGCGGAUUAUUUUCUCGCAUGGAGGAAAAGGAUAUUUAUGACACAGUUCACCGUGACGACUAUGUCUUUUAUUUUAAUGUAUUUUUUGCCGGCUCUACCUGGUCCGAUACUACAUGACCACACGUUUCAAAAUGUCUCUUGCGAGUCUUUACCGCCUUGCGACAUGGAUUAUGUAAGUUUUCGUAUUGUUGUAACUGUAAAUUUUCUUGAUGAGGCAAUAAUAACAGAUUUUCUUGUGAAAAAUCUCAUUCCCACGAAAUCAAACAUCCACUAUGUACCAAUAAAUGUAUACAUAUACUAAACGUGUUCUAUAUAUCAUCGUUAGCAUACAAGUGCUUUAAAAUUUCGAAAGCCUCUAAACAGUAAAUCUUCAACAAUGCCGGAAAUGA